AUGAGUGGAGAGCUCACCAAUAUAAUUACGAAGAGCCGCGAUGGAGAGGGCGGUAAAAGUUUGGAAGAAAUUUAUGUGAAUUAUAAAAAGUUGAAACAGCUGAACGGGUUGAGCGCGGCUAACGUGGCGAACGAAGCAAACAAGACUAACGCUGCUCCCCCCGCGAACCAGGACAUCGUCAGGGGGCACACAAUCUUCUUUGAAGCGCAGAGUGAAGCGGGCGAAAACGAAAAGGAACAAAACGGGGCCGCCGUCCUGCACAACGAUAAGGAGGAAACCAAUUUAAAAAAAAAAAAAACAGGCAGCGAAGAAAGCCGCGCGGAGGUGGCGAAUGGGCAAAUUGUCAAUUGGACCCCCGCUUCCUGUGUGAUCAACAAUGACGCAAGGGAAAAUAAAAAAAUAAAUGUGUUAACCAUUUCACCUGAAUUUCACGACGUGAAAAGGAACUACAGAUUUACACACAGGAAUAAUUUGCACCUGAAAAAGUCUCUAAACGAUGAGCCUGCGCUAGGCGAUGGCAACAAGGCCUUCCUAAAAAGCAGCCAUAAUCUGACCAGCGUUCCGCUGCUGACCGGGUUUGGCGCCAUUCGCACUGCUCGGGGCGAGGAAAGGGCAGGCGGCAAAAAAAAGUUCAGCCCCAAUAGUCAGGCAAACAGCAUAAUCAGCCAUAAUGACCGAACCCUAAAAAUAUUUUGCAACGCAAGGGAAGACGGCGCCAAGAGUAGUAACCCCGCGGGUGGAAAUCGAAGCCGCGGCCGACCGCAGGCGGGCGGUGGCGGCGCCCACUUGAACGGGAGCGGCGCGCGACCGGCAGCGGCCAUCCCCAGUGAGAAGAAGCGGGCGCCCAAGAGGAAGGCCGCAACGAGUGCAACCAGCGUGAUUGGAUCAACCAGCUCAAUCAGCGCUGCCAGGCUAGAAGUCAAGACGAAAAACGGGACCAUGGAAACUAAAAGUAAAAACAGACUCUCAGUGACGAAGAGCCAAGCUAACAAAAACGUAAUGGACCACAUCAGUGAGUGCCCCAUAACGUCCAAAAAUAUCUACGACAGCAUUUACAUCCCGCAGAUUAACAUAAAAAACAUUUUCAGUGCGAAUUCUAGUGGCGGGGGCGCAGCGACGUGCACUUAUAAUACCACCUCCUGUGCAGACCCUGCGUAUAGCAGCAACGGAGAGGGAAGUGCGUUGAAACGGGAAGACAGUUCUAAUCUAAUAAACACUCUAAAUGCGUACUCAAACGUAAAAGUUGCAGUGAGAAUAAAACCCAUUUCAGAAUCAGAAGAAAAUAUCGUGUCCAUAUUUAAUAAAAAUUAUGUCUUAAUAGAAAAGGAAAACCAAAAAGAGUGUUACCUACUGUCACAAAAAAAAAAACAAGCAACUUACGUAUUUGACGUCGUGUUCGAUGUGAAUGCAACACAAGAAAAUGUCUUCCUGCACACCGCGAAGCCGUUAAUCCCUCACGUGUUUAAAGGAGUUAAUGGAACCGUUUUUGCAUAUGGGGCCACGGGUUCAGGAAAAACUUACACUAUGCUAGAUGACAAGAACCAGAACGGGAUCGUACAGUUGUCCCUCCUCGAAUUAUUCACCAUCAUUAAAGAAAAGAAGUAUGAAAAGGUAAAAGUGCUUAUGAGUUUUUUAGAAGUAUAUAAUGAAACAAUUAGGGACUUACUGGGGAAAGAAAUGAACAAACCAUUGGAGGUGCAGGAAGAUGCAGCUGAAGUACGUGUAAGUAAUUUAUGCGAAGUGCAUGUGGAAACGUAUGAACAAGCAAUGAUGCUGAUCCAUGAAGGAGUGAAGAACAGAAAAAUGUCUCCCACCAGAGCCAAUAAAGUUUCCAGUAGGUCUCAUGCAAUUCUACAAAUAUAUAUUCAUAACGAAAUUAUGGACAGCAAUAUGAAUGCCAUAAAUUAUAAGGCCAAAUUAUGCUUCGUCGAUUUAGCCGGUUCUGAAAGAGCUAGUGCUACGUCUAAUAAAGGGGAAAGAUUCAAAGAAGGCUCCUACAUUAACCAGUCCCUCCUUGCCCUAGCCAACUGUAUCAACUCCCUAGCGUCUAAUAAAAACAUCCCAAAGGUCAGAGUCAAAUAUAGGGAUAGCAAAUUAACACACCUUCUAAAAAAUUCACUGGAGGGAAACUGCCUUGUCGUGAUGAUUGCCAACAUCAACCCUUCGAGGAAAUCUUUUCAGGAAUCCAAUAAUACCCUCAAGUAUGCUUUUCGAGCAAGGAACAUCAAACUGUGUGCAACGAUUCAAACGAAUGACAAUAAAGAAAGUGACGUGGAAAAAAUUUUAAAAAGAAAUGAUCUCCUGCAGAAGGAAUACGAUCUCUUACUUCACAAGUACAAUAGACUCAAGGAUUGCUUCGCCAAUUUGAAAGUCCUUUUUCAGCUCUACAAAAAUGUACACCAUUGUUACGAGCGAAAGGAAAACGCAUUGGGGAAAGUGUCUGUCCUUGGACUGAAACAAAAUAUUUCUGUGUAUGAACAACUCAUUAAAAUUAAGUCGGAGGAAAUUAAACACAAGUUUGAUUCCCUCCCAUCGGGAGAUGACCAGGAUGAUGUCUCGUUGCUAAACAUUUACGACUCUGUUGUGGACAAAGACUUGGAUCAUUUUAUUCGCUCCAAUUCUUCUGCGUUGACUGGGGUGGAAACUCGGGGAAAUGACCACGCGGGGGACUUACCCCCCCGGUUGAACAGACAGGCAGACAUGAGUGUUCAGGGGGGGGAGCCGAACGGCCUUCCACUCGGGGCAACUGAUGGGCUAGAGGGGGGGGCGGAUUGCGUAAAUGGGGUGCAACAUGGAGGGGGUAAUAUCGCAGCACAAUUUCCCACAUCAGACGUACCAAUCACAACCAGCAGGGUGAUUACAUCCGAUACACCCACCGUGAUGGUCGCAGAAAAAGGCGCCACCCACGCUGAUGAUUCUAACCAAGGAGAAUUGGUGGAGCGGAAGAACCCAAGCAAAAAGCAACAGUUACAAACCUUCCAGGACAACCUCACCGAUAUGCAAAACAGCAUUUUGAUGGACACAAUUAGUAAAAAAAUGGAGACUUCCUCCCACGCCCCCAUAAUAAAAACGGACGUAACGCAGUUAUUCCUCCACAGUGGCAUUAAUACAAAUCCCCGUCUCGUCCUAAAUGAGCAGGUGGGAAAAAAUAUCCUCACCAAGCUCGAACCACAUGGGAUCCUAAAUUACAAGCAAAUUUUAAAUAACAAUAAUAGGGGGCAUCAUAGAGACACCACGCAGGAAUAUUCCAAAGACGCCUCAAAUGCGACAACAGGAGGAGGAAGCCUUUUUAACAACCCUAAUGUGGUGGAAAAUAAUCCAGUCCAUGUGGCGGACGAUUUUGCAGAGCAUCAUGUAGAAAACUUUUACGACGCCAAUGCGAUGGACAGUGCAGGGGCAAAUAUCAUUGCUAAUCCUAUGGAGGUAGCUAGCACAAGCGAUGUAAUAAAAUUGGGGAAAGCGAAACGUCAGCCACUGGUAGGCAGGCUAAUGUACAACAAUGAGGCGAUUAGGAGCAGCAAGAGGAAACUCGCGCUCGCGGACGAGGAAAAUAUAAAGCAUGAACACCACGAAGAAAACUCUUCAUCAGUCAAAAAAAAAAAACUUAAAAAUGAGAGGAAAGUCAGGUAG